GGUAGCUGCUGGCUGCUGUGAGCGACUCGCAGCACGGGGAUGUGACUGUCCCUGCAGCUGCUGCUGAGACCUGUACUGGGCACUGCUCCUGCUGCCUACACCUGGAGACACAGCAGAGGGAUCUGCGUGUAAACACAACAGAAGUAUAAAAUGAGCUUCCAGAAUCAUGAGAAGACGAGGCCCUUGCAGUACUGCAGACACUUCUUGACAGACAAUGGGACAUUUCAUGUUGAAAGAUGUAUGAGUGUAAUGCAGUCUGGGACACAGAUGAUCAAACUGAAAAGUGGAACAAAGGGUCUGGUCCGUCUGUUCUACCUGGAUGAACAUCGUACGUGUAUCAGAUGGAGACCAUCCAGGAAAAGUGAGAAAGCUAAAAUUAUAAUUGAUUCAAUUUACAAAGUCACAGAGGGGAGGCAAUCUGAAAUCUUCCAUCGCCAUGCAGAAGGGAACUUUGACCCAACUUGUUGUUUUACCAUUUACCAUGGCAACCAUAUGGAGUCUCUGGAUCUGAUCACAUCCAACCCAGAGGAAGCGCGAACAUGGAUUACAGGAUUAAAAUAUUUGAUGGCUGGAAUAAGUGAUGAAGAUUCUCUAGCUAAGAGACAAAGGACACAUGAUCAAUGGGUGAAACAGACCUUUGAAGAAGCUGACAAGAACAGGGAUGGCUUACUGAAUAUUGAAGAGAUAUACCAGCUCAUGCAUAAGCUUAAUGUGAAUUUGCCUCGCAGGAAAGUCCGGCAGAUGUUCCAGGAAGCAGACACUGAUGAAAAUCAGGGCACGUUAACCUUUGAGGAGUUCUCUGUGUUUUACAAGAUGAUGUCAUUACGGAGAGACCUGUACCUCCUCCUUCUAAGUUACAGUGACAAGAAAGAUCACGUAACAGUGGAUGAACUUGCUCAGUUUCUUAAACAGGAACAAAAGAUGAAUAAUGUGACAACAGAAUACUGUCUUGACAUUAUACAGAAGUUUGAAGUGUCAGAAGAAAACAAGGAACAAAAUGUGCUGGGAAUAGAAGGUUUUACCAGUUUUAUGAGAAGCCCUGCUGGUGACAUAUUUAACCCUCUGCAUGGGGAAAUUUACCAGGAUAUGGAACAGCCUCUGAGCAAUUACUACAUUGCAUCAUCACAUAAUACUUACUUAACUGGGGACCAACUUCUAUCCCAGUCUAAGGUGGACAUGUACGCAUGGGUGUUACAAGAUGGCUGCCGGUGCAUAGAAGUUGACUGUUGGGAUGGACCAGAUGGCGAGCCAGUUGUGCACCAUGGAUAUACACUCACCUCAAAAAUCCCUUUUAAAGAGGUGGUCGAGGCCAUCAACAAGCAUGCCUUUGUCAAAAACGAGUACCCUGUAAUUCUCUCUAUUGAAAACCAUUGCAAUAUUCAGCAACAAAGGAAAAUUGCUCAGUACUUAAAAGAAAUAUUUGGGGAUAAACUUGACUUAUCAUCUGUUCCACUUGGAGAAUGCAAACAGCUUCCCAGCCCCCAGAGCCUAAAGGGAAAGAUACUAGUAAAGGGGAAAAAGUUGCCUUAUGACCUGGCAGAAGAUGCUGAGGAGGGUGAGGUCUCUGACGAAGACAGCGCAGAUGAGAUAGAAGACGAGUGCAAACUGAGCAAUUGUUUUAGCAAUGGAACGACAGAACACCAAGUGGAGUCCUUCAUAAGGAAAAAGCUGGAAUCCUUACUAAAGGAAUCUCAGAUCAGGGACAAGGAGGAUCCUGACAGCUUCACCGUGAGAGCACUGCUCAAGGCAACUCAUGAGGGCCUGAAUGUUAAUCUAAAACAGAAUUCAGAGUCAAAAGACCGAAGUAAAUCCAAAAGGUCAUCUAUGGGUAACAUUUCGAAGCACAAGAGAACUUCAAAAUCCAGGUCCAAAUCUUGCAGCACGGAUGAAGAGGAGGAUUCCCCUCCAAGGGAGUCAGGGCAGAUGCACAGGUUGGGGCGACGGAGGAAGACUAUGAAGUUAUGUCGGGCCCUGUCUGAUCUGGUUGUGUACACAAACUCAGUGGCUGCACAGGACAUUAUGGAUGAUGGGUCUUCAGGAAAUGUCUUGUCGUUCAGUGAGACCAGAGCCCACCAAGUGGUUCAGCAGAAGUCAGAACAGUUCAUGUUGUAUAACCAGAAGCAGCUCACCAGGAUCUAUCCAUCAGCAUACAGGAUAGACUCCAGUAACUUUAAUCCAGUACCAUAUUGGAAUGCUGGGAUCCAGCUAGUGGCACUCAACUACCAGACAGAAGGACGCAUGAUGGAAUUAAAUCGUGCAAAAUUCAAGGUGAAUGGCAACUGUGGAUAUGUCCUUAAGCCUCAGCAGAUGUGCAAAGGUGUGUUUAAUCCAUUUUCUGGAGAUCCACUACCUGCAGGCCCUAAAAAGCAGCUUAUUCUAAAGAUUAUCAGUGGUCAGCAAUUGCCAAAACCUCCAGAUUCAAUGCUUGGUGACAGAGGGGAGAUCAUUGACCCUUUUGUUGAAGUGGAAAUUAUUGGUCUGCCUGUUGACUGCUGCAAAGAACAGACUCGUGUGGUUGAUGACAAUGGCUUCAAUCCCGUGUGGGAGGAGAUCCUCACUUUUACAGUCCACAUGCCGGAAAUAGCACUUGUGAGGUUUUUAGUAUGGGACCAUGAUCCAAUUGGACGGGAUUUUGUUGGACAGAGGACAGUGGCCUUCAGCAGCCUCUUGCCUGGAUACCGGCAUGUUUAUCUGGAUGGUCUGACAGAAGCAUCCAUAUUUGUUCAUGUCACCAUCAAUGAGAUCUAUGGGAAGUGGAGUCCUUUAAUCCUCAAUCCCAGUUAUACUAUAUUGCACUUUCUAGGAGCCACGAAGAAUAGACAGUUUAUUGGGCUAAAAGGGCUUUUCAAUAAAAAUACAAAGCACAGUUCCGUGGAGUGCAACGGUCAUAUACGGAAGCGAUCAAUCGGAGACCGGAUUUUGCGACGCACCGCCAGUGCACCUGCAAAAGGCAGAAAGAAGACUAAGAUGGUCUUUCAAGAGUCAACGGAGAUUAAAGACCUUCCUUGUGAGGUGUCUGGUGCUAAGCAGAAAGAUGUUGUAAUGAGGAGGACUUCCAGAAGCCUACAGGCGCGACCUGCUUCAAUGCCAGUGGACAAACUUCUUCUUGGGGCCUUUGAACCUUCUACAUCAGACACCAAAAUAAAUGACAUAGCUUCAGGAAAGCUGGAUUGUAAGUUCCAAGACAAGCCAGUGAUGAACGAACCAUCGCCGGAAAAUAUCCAGAAUCUUGCAUGUCUUCCCAGAUAUCCAUGCCAGGCUAAUGCCACAGCCAAAGGACAUGUUGUACAUAAAAAAUGGCGGAGUUUACACUUUGACUAUGGAAAGCAAAGUGAUGAUGAUAUCAAGGAAUUUAAGGCUCCUAUUACAAGUGAAUCAGAUGACGAAAAGGAUAAAAUAAAAGAUAAAAGCUCAAAUGUUAAAUAUUCUAUACAAAAAUUAUCAUCAAACUCAUCUUUCCAACACGAAUCGCCAGCAAAACAAGCCAAAUACAAUGAAAAUGAAUUACUGUCCGUUACAGAUUUGUCAAGCACCAUAUUGACUGAUGUACAUAAUUUACAAUCUACUACAGCUAUUUCUGAAAAUAUUUCUCAGAUUAUAAAUGGGGUUUCCUCUGUAAAUGAGAGUGAGCUUGGUAGCUCAAUGUCAGCAUUAAUUAGUCAAUUUGAAGUCACUAAUGACAAAACAAGUUUCACUUGUGUUUCAAGUUUAAAUGGUAUAAAUAAUCACACAAACUUUUCUGGAUAUUCCGAAAUCUUCACAUCUAUCAUUUCAACACCUAAAAAGCACUCAUCAGUUUCAGAACAUGUGGAAAACUUAUUAUACUCAAAAGAUGAGACCACUAUUUUUUCUAGCCCAGAAACAACAGAAUAUUCUAUAUACACAAUUGUGAAUGAAGAGGACCUUUCACCAGACGGUGAUAAUACAUUGAUGGAUGCAAAUGUUGUUAGAGCAGAUGACAUAUUGGCAAGUGACUUAAAAAAGCCACAAUGCAAUCCACGCGAUCCUGAAUUAAAACCAAAGCCCACAAAUGUUCUCUAUCCUGACUUAAAGCCAAAGAUUCGGCAGGCAAGUUGGGAAAGUAUUUUGCACUGUGAUUCAGUCGGUCAUACAAGCUAUCCACCCAACAGAAUUCCUUCAGAGCCAGCUGGAAAUCUUUAUAAUACCAGUCCAACUGAAGUUCAGAAAAUAUCUCAGGGUUUGCAAGGAGUAUCUCAUACAUUUCUUGAGCAAGAAUUUAAACCGAGAUCUUCCCCUUUGCCUUACCAGAAUAAUUUCAAUGAUGAUAGCAAUUCAAAGAAAAUAUAUAAAAAUCAUAUAUUGCAUGGCAAUGUUCACUCACAGGGUGUCACUAAUUCGUUCAGUGAGUUAAAACAACAACAAGGAAUCUCUAAGCUGUAUAGAGACGACCAUGGCCAAUACGUCCAGAGCUUGUAUGCACCUAGGGACCCAAUGUAUAUUGCUCAAAGAGCCAACUUUGCAACUUCUCACAUCCCCGAGCACACUCGUUCCCAUAUUUGUUCAACCCAAGGAACCAAGCAACCUAGUCCAUGUAAGUCAAAAAGUCUUGGAGAUCUGACUUCAGAGGACAUCUGUUGUAAUUUUGAAAGCAAGUACAAACGGAUCAAUAGGGACUUUCUGCUAUCUGGCAAUGCUGAAGACCAAACCUGUUAUGCAAAAAGUAGACAUCAGUCCACAGACACAUUAACUGAGCAGUUGCGUAAGUUGAUGUCUUUUGAUCAGGAGGACUGUAGUAAGCCAUCAUUCUGUGAGGAAGAUGAGUGGGAGAAACCUAAACCGCUUGCACGGAAGCUAUCAUCCAGAAGUCAAAGUAGAGUGAGAAACAUUGCUAACCGUGCCAAGGAAAAACAAGAGGCCAAUAAGUUAAAACAAGUCAACCUGCUUCCAAAUGGGGUAGUUCUUCGGAACAAACCAGCAUCUCAUCAACCUGUAAACAGACAUUCCACUGGCUCUUACAUAGCAGGUUACUGUAGUAACUUUAACAGAGACAUCCUUGAAGGCAGAGGUAUACCAGAAGGUGCAUGUUCUUCCCAGACCUAUAGGCAUAAUGAUCAGUUUUGCAUAGAUCGCUACACAUAUCAGACUGAGCCAUGCAAAGCCGAUGAACCAGAAAUCUAUUUCCUACUGAGAUUGUAACUUGUACCAAGACCUCAAUUCAAUGUUGUUUACAAGAUGUUUGAUUUUAUUAGAAUGUCCCUCACUAUUAAAUUAUAUAGCGGUAUGAUAACAUUUUGUCUCACUUAAAAGGUCUGUCUUCCUUUAGCUGUUAAGCUGCUCUUCCCUUCAGCAACUCUGUAAAUAUAUUGUUGGACUUUUUCAUUUUAAAUUCUUAAGUUAACAUGGAUGUAUACAGGGAAAUACAUGCAUGCCGUCAUAUAACAUCUCUCAGUGUAACAUGCAUGUACAUUGUAAAGGAGCAGUUCUGUCAGUCUGCUCACAUUAGCAAAUAUAUUGCAAUAAAAAUAUUGACUUUC